AUGCGCUUCCCAGCCCUCGCGGUCCCGGCCCUCGCGGCACCCGCCCUCACGGCCUCCAUCACGCUGUACCUCCCGCCGGCGCCCAACCCCUUCACGCUCCCGGCCUCGACGCGCGCGACGCUGACGACCCUCGGCGCCGCCUUCGCAGCACCCCUGUCCGCCGUCAACACCUUUGUCUUCCACAACGUCACGCCCGGCUCGUACCUAGCCGACAUCCACUGCAAGACAGACGCCUUCCGCCCCCUCCGCAUCGACGUGGCCCUCGACGCCGACGGCAAACAGACGCUCCGGGCAUGGGACACGUUCCGCGGCAACGAAUGGGGCAACAGAGGCGAGGCGCUCCCCGUCAAGGGCGGCAGCGCUCAAUGGGGCGUCGAGGCCAAGAGCCUAGGCAAGAAGACGUACUUUAUGGACCGGCCGCAGUUUUCCGUGCUGAGUAUUCUGAAGAACCCCAUGAUCCUGAUGGGUCUCGUGAGCAUGCUCAUCUUCUUUGGGAUGCCGAAACUCGUGGAGAACAUGGACCCCGAUCUCAAGGCCGAGUUUGAGGCCCGGCAGCGCGAGGGCCCCAUGGCGGCGGCCAUGGGCGGGCAGCAGCAGAACCCGCUGGGGAACUUUGACAUGGCUGCUUUCCUGGCGGGCUCGGGGAAGAAGGAGGGCGGCGGUGCGGGGGCCGUCGGCGACGCGAGGAACGAGCCUGUUAGACGGUGA